GAUUUACCGAGGCUAGCCGACGUCACUCAGUCCGUCGCAUUCACAAGAGAGCUUCAUUCUCAUUUUCACUCAUUUUUCCAUUGUGUUUGUGUAUUUCAGGUAAAAAUGGCUUCUAUCAUGUCGGCUAGACAAGUGCUCCGUCUGGGCAACCGCCUCAGCGUUCGGUCUUACUCAUCUGCUGUCAAGCAUGAGGGCGCCCGCAAUGUCAAGCGUCUCGGUGUUAUCGGCGCGGGGCAGAUGGGUCUCGGUAUUGCUCUUGUUGCUGCCAUGAAGGCCCAAGUCCCAGUUACCCUCGUCGACUCCAGCCAGAAGUCUUUGGAUAAGGGCCUUGUCUUUGCUGAUACUCUUCUCGCCAAGCAAGUCGCAAAGGAGAAGCUCACUCAGUCCCAAGCUGAUGCGGCGAGGGCCCUCCUCCUCCCCACCACCUCCCUCGACGCCCUCCACGAAGCCGACUUCGUCAUCGAGGCCGUCCCAGAGAUCCCCUCUCUCAAAUUCGAGCUCUUUUCCCGCCUCGCCUCCAUCGCUCCCUCCCAUGCCGUCCUGGCGACAAACACCUCCUCCAUCUCCAUUACGCGUAUUGCCGCCGCCACCCAGGACACCUCCAAACCUCUCGACACCUCCGCCUCAUCCCGCGUAGUAGCAACCCACUUCAUGAACCCCGUCCCGGUCCAAAAAGGUGUCGAAAUCAUCUCCGGCCUCCAGACCUCCCCCACCACCCUCGCCACCGCCGUCUCCUUCGUCGAGAAAAUGGGUAAAAUUGUCUCCUACUCCGUCGACUCCCCCGGUUUCCUCGCCAACCGCAUCCUGAUGCCCUACAUCAAUGAAGCAAUCAUCUGCCUCGAAUCCGGCGUCGGAGACCGGGAUUCCAUCGACGCUAUCAUGAAGAAUGGCACCAACGUCCCCAUGGGUCCGCUCCAGUUGGCGGAUUUCAUCGGGCUUGAUACUUGCCUCGCGAUCAUGAAUGUCUUGCAUACGGAAACGGGGGAUAGCAAGUAUAGGCCGAGUGUGUUGUUGAAGAAUUAUGUUGCGGCCGGGUGGUUGGGGAAGAAGAGUGGGAAGGGGUUUUAUGAGUAUGCCCAAAAGAAGUAAGUGGGUAGGAGAGGUGCUAUGUGUGUCAUGAUAGAAUCUAGACAGCGUUUUUCACCAAGCCAUGUAUCAAUGCUUAUGUAUGUUUACAUAUCUGUUGGUUAUUUCACAUCUAUCCCUCUACUAGAGCAUGACACCGCACGGUAAACCA